AUAUCCAGGAAGUGACGUGGCGUAUGCUCCCUGUGGCGCCGACGCUACGCGUCGUGACGCAGCUGCGCAGCCCGGACCCGACCGCCGACCCGUCUCCCCGUCUCCCCGGUCCCUGAUGUUGGGUUAAAGCUGCCUCACGCCGUGGUGAAUGACAGUCCUCCGGGGGUACAGUGCGUGAGGUGUGGGUUCUCCGAGAGUCGUCUUCAUGGAGGUGGAGGACAGCCCCCUCAACCUCGCCCACCAGCAGUCCAGGAAGGCCGACCGUCUGCUAGCAGCUGGGAAGUUCGAAGAGGCCAUUGCCUGCCACAGCAGCGCUGCAGAUCUGUUGAGGGAUGCGAUGAAGUUAACGGAGUGUGAACAGGCCCGCCUGUCCAUGGAGCUCCAGAAGGACAGCCACAUCAAGCAGCAGCGGCUCAUCCAGGAGCGCUGGAAGAGGGAGGCGCGCCGUGGGGCCAAAGCCUCUGUCCCGGCCCAGCCCAGCGCCGCCCCGGCCCCCACCGCCCCGUCCCGGCCGCCGGCCCCCACCCAUCAGGGCCAGGCGCCCGAGGGGCAGGGCACGGCGGGCUCAGAGAGGGAGUACGACACCCUGCUCUACCAGCUGCAGAGCCGGCGAAGCGCGGGCUCUCCCCCGGCCCCGACCCCCCCGCGCGGCCCCGGUGGCUCCAAGACCGCAAAGGACGACAAGACCCGCCUGGAGGAGCAGCAGACGGCCAAUGAGGACCUGCGCCGCAUGCUGGGCGCCCUGAUGGACGAGAAUCAGCGGCUGUCCUCGGAGAACGCGCGGCUGCGGGCGGAGAACGGGCGGCUGCGCUCGGAGGUGGCUGACUCGGCGGACCUGGUAGAGCGCUCCGAGCUGUGGGUGCUGCCGCCAGACAAGAGCUGCUCGGGGAAAGGGAAGGACAUCGCCAUCCCCCAGCUGCCCCCACUGGAGAUGCCCGCCCAGGAGGACCUGUGUCUGGACGACCUGCCGCCCCUGGAGCUGCCUGAGCACAUCCAGCACGAACUGCAGGAGCUGCUGGACCGGGAGAAGCUGUGAUCCAGAGAGCAGCUGGGAUCCAGAGACCAGCUGUGAUCCACGGACCCGCUCGGGCAGAGAGGAGCAUAUUGCUGCUGUCGCCUCAGAGUGGCCUCCGUGUUCUUGUGCUUCAUUUUAAUUAUGAGGCUGUUUCCUGAGGUGUUAUUUAUUAAUUACCUUCAUGAUGUUGAUCAAUCCUUUUUUUGGUAAAAAAAAACAAACAUGGGCAUGGAUUAGGGAAUGAAGAUUAUUUGUUAUGCCUGGCCCUUGUAGCACAACAGGAGAAGUGGGACUAUCAAAGGCCUAUUAAAAGGUAAGGCAGAGACCUAAACACCGUAGGCUGCAGGUCGGUGCUCCGUUCUGCAGAUUAUGCAGACCACGUAGAAACAACUGAACCACUAGCCUGGCCGUUGGCCGAGGACAUUCUCAUGAUAUGCAGUUGAGUUGAGCGGAGGCAGAUUCAACCAGACCUCCCAACGCCACGCAGUAGUAGAGGAGCCUCUCCUUCUGUCCCUCUGCGGAGGCAAUAUGCAAACCUAUUGCUUCAAGAAACCUGUGCCUUGAUAAAACUGUUCCUUUAUGGAUUCUGGAGCCCACUGGUUGGACACCGACGCAGAGGGGGCGGGCCAGCUUCCUGGUCGGGUCAGCCCUCUGCAGACAGCUGCUCUGAUUGGCUGACCGGUAAAGUGGCAAAGGUGAUUGGAAGGACAAGAUGCCCGAUUCCUUCUAUGAAGACUAAUAUCAGCUGUCCAAUGAUUUAAUCAGAGAUGGGUAUCAAAACACCUGAAUCUGAGCCGUAAAGCGAUUGUUUGUUGGUGGUGUGAGCCGCAUUGAUUAGAUACUAGUAAGAAUAAAGGUUCAAUCACACAAAACUCGUGCAUUAUGUUUGGGAACAUUAUAGUGUCAGUAUCUUUGAAGGGCAUAGUGAUGUGGAAAUCACUGAAUGUCCCACAAAGGGCAACCCAACAUGAGCUUGGCUGAAUUGUUAUUUUCUAAGGGAGGUUCAAGUUGUGGCCAUUCAGUUUUAUACAAGAAAAAUAUUUUAUUUUGUAUACUCUGUACUCAAAAACCUCAUCCUUCAAUAAUGUUAUUAAACAGUAUGAAAAUAUAAA